GGGAUCCUCCAAGAUCCACCAAGAUCCAUCUACGCGUGACUCACGUGUCAUUAAAUAAAUUCUUAAUAGGAGAGGCACGAAUGACCAAAGAUCCACCUCUCUCUGGCCACAGCAACUCUUCCCACAUCCCAAAAAGAGACAAACUAAAGCAACACCAGUACCAUUUGACUGCAAACCAUGUCGCCCCUGACCGACAAUCAAUGGUGGAGCGAGUUCCUUAAGAAUGGGGACGUGACUGACGAGACUUUCACUGCUGAACAACUUGCUUUGUUUGAAACCUACCAAUUGUCGCAAGAUCAGAAGCGUAUUUUCCAAUGCGUCAAGACGGGAAAGAAUCUCUUUCUCUCCGACCUCAUUACGGACGAAGAGAUCAUUUGGAGCAUUGGUGUCAUGGGCGUGAACAACGCACAUCGCGGAGAUAUGAAAUUCUACCGAAAAAGCGUCGUGGAGCGACUGCAGAGGUAUGACCAGGCCGAGCAACUCUACAAAUGGCACAGCGGAGAGUGGACCGAGGAGGCCCUGCGCGUCUUGAUCGGGCAAUGGACGUUGGGAAUGAUGGUGGCGGUUCCUGGAAUUGAGAGCUCGGAUGGUAGCCCCAUGAUCUUCACCAAGGAAUGGUAUGAACAUUUGCCAUUGCGUGAGGAACUCCCCGAAGGUUUUUGGGACUAUAGAGCAACGACAGUCUACCCACUCAUGGCGAGGAGUAUCUGCCGUGCCUACCCAAUGGCAACCAUGAAAGGUCUCGUUUCUUUGGCCGAUAUGACAGACUUUGAUUGGGACAAAUAUGAUAUGGAUCAAAAAAUGCGUCACUCCAAUAUUCAAGCUGUCAUUCCCAACAAGCUGCGCCGAAUGAUCAGCGUCAACGCAGACGAGAAAAUGAAGAAUCAACUGGAAGAUUUCAAAGCCGUUGCCAAAAAGUAUGGGUUUGUUAUGUAUGAUACGUUGGAUGAAGCAGUAAUUGGUGAGACAGAGUUGCUGCCUCCUGAGUUGCCCACUUGGGUGGGAGGUUCGCUUCAGGUGGACAUCAGGAAAUGCCUUCAACAUCUGUUCCACCGCGAACCAGAAGCUCUCAAGCUCAUGGAAGAAGUGUACAAGGAAAUGGAAGAGAGUGGUGAAAUUCUUCGUCCAAAAUUCAUGCAGGAAUCACAGAAGUGAGUAAGCCGAACCACUACUCCAUUAGAACAAUCUGCACUUGUCCCGCAGGCAAUGCCAAAAGCCAAAAACUAUGUGAAAACCCUCAGCACGUACCAGCCGCACAACAUCGUCUUUGGAAGGAGCUUCCGCAGUGCGGCGGCUUAUGCGCCUGAUGAGUUGGGUGGUCCUGAUCUUGUGUGUAUAGUGAAGUGCCUGGUAUGUUAAGUUAAUGAUGAUAAGGGCUCUAAUGAUGCUUCUAGUUCGUGCGUGUUUGAAUUCCUCGGGUUGGGGGCGGUGGAGGUGCUUUGGUGGCUGGAAAGGAAGAAGGACCACCACGUUGGUUGCUUUUUGGUGACUUGGAAGGCACCAUUGGCAUGGAC